AUGCACAUUCAUGAUAGGCCACGUGACAAGCGCGAACCCAACCCUGGGGAYCUGAUYGAGAUCAAACGGCAAGGUUACCAGCACUGGGCCCUCUGUGUGGGGGAUGGAUAUGUCAUCCAUGUCACAUCUGCAGGUAAGGCUGGUGCAGCCUGGCAGGGUGCAGAGUGGGUGUUGGGGUGCCCCAGGAGCCCUGUGUCCCUCCAUGGGCUGGUGAUGGACCCUGUGUGUGUAGCUGGCCUUUCCAGGAGCAGUGAGAAACCCAUCUGAGAUCCUGGAGGGGCCAGAGAGGAUCUGCCUGCCUGCCUUAUCUCCUCUCUGCCCUCCCCAGAUGAAAAGGGUCCACCUAAAUCAGACACCACAGAGAGAAUACUCACCAGAAAGGCAAAGGUGAAGAAGCUGCUCCUAAAGGAUGUGGCCAAAAAAGAUGAAUGGUGUGUCAACAACAAGCAUGACUGGUACCGCGUUCCAUUCCCUGUGCUGGAGAUCAUCCGGCGUUCUGAAUGCUGGAUUGACAAGGAGGUGCCAUAUGAUGAGUGUGGCAGCAACUGUGAGCUCUUUAUGACAAAGCUCCGCUAUGGUGAUGCAAUCUCUUUCCAGGUGAGUGCCCCGGGCUGAGCCCCUGUGUGCCUCCCAGGGCACCUCCUGGCUGCUCUCUGCUCGCUGCGGGGCUGGGACACAGCCUGCACCCUGCAUGGGGACAGCCAAGGGCCAGGCGUGGGCUCCAGAGCAGCACUGCCUCUGGGCUGCCACAGCCCCUGCACCUGGAGGGUCACUGUGCUCUGUCUGCACCCUGACACUGCCCUCUUACUGAAUGCCACCUCCUUGCUACAAAUGGGACACG